AUGACACGCCUCGACAAACUUGCCACUGGCAUUCAACUUGGUGAUGGACGUCCAACCCAUCUCCUCAGCCAACUACAGCAAACCAACGCUAAUAACGACGAAUCAGUUGUACGUCGUUAUUGGAUUAAACGCCUACCUCCUGCAGCUCGCGCUGUCAUCGCAGGUAUUCUUGAGACUUCCCCAAAUACAACACUAUCGCAACUUGCAACAGCCGCUGACGCCGUAAUGGAUACACUAAGUUAUACUUCAUGUGAUAACGUCGCAGUGCUUUCCCGUAACAACACUGCAACUGAGCAUCAAAUGGACAACCGCAUCAGUACGAUUGAAAAACGUCUGGAUGCCCAGGACAUAAUGUUUCAAAAGAUCAAUACAAAACUUGGUCAGCUGCUCAACAGCAAUAACAACAACGGAAAUCGACGCACUCGCAGUCGCAAUCGAUUACAAACCAACCGCAGCAAUGCACAGGCGAUCGCACAGGCCGAUUCAAAUCAAAAUUGCUGGUAUCAUAACAAGUAUGGCUGCAGUGCCCAACACUGCAUUGCACCAUGUUCCUUUAAUCGAACAAACACCAACAACCAAAAAAACUAG